CCAUUUCAGAGUUUGCGCGACUUAUGAUUCAGCUAGGCGAGAGCGACGGAACGACGGCCGACCGGCGAAGAGAACACAAGAAGGGAGGACAGUGCUGAAUUGUCGGAAUUGCGCCACUAUGGACGACGAUAACUCGAGCAGGGGAGAUCGGCGAAUGUCUCAACUCAAGACCAAAAAAGACGGAAGAAAAGCUGCAAGUGCCUAUCGAAGAAACGCAAAACGUCAAGAAAGGACCGGAACUCCGAAUCGCCAACCUGCACGCAGCACGCCUCCAUCGCCGGACGCCGAGUCGCCCACCUGCACGGCUCCAUCCUCCAGGGGCUGUUUGUUUCAGCCUCUUAAUGGUUUAGUUGUCUGAAUAGUUCAGCACUUAAUGGUUCAGACUGUUUGUUUCAGCCUCUUAAUGGUUCAGAUGUCUGAAUGGUUAAGAGAUUUGCCUCUGAAUGGUUAAGUAUUAUACAGAGUCUGAAUGGUUAAGACCUCUUAUCUGAAUUGAUCAGACAUUUGCCUCUGAAUAGUUAAGCAAUAUACAAGCUCUUAAUAG